CACGGUAGUCGCGAGUCCGCCGUUACUACCGAGGGCACUCAAGACACAGCACACGAAUCGGGUAAAUACCAGGUGAGUCGCCGCUGUUGGAUGCAGUGGGGACCCAUAAAAACUGAACUCCAGCUAAAGUGCUCGCUUAGUUCAAAUUCAAAUACGAGCGCCGGUUAAUGAUCCUCUGAUUUACUUGCGCUUUUAAAAACGCACAAACUUCUUGCCAGUCGAAUUCGUUUUUCACCUAGUUUUCACCUGAGACGGAGGAAAAGCCCGCCCGGAAUGUGCCAUUAUUAAUUGCUCGGUGUGCGAAUCGCGGAAUCUGAUAGUAAAUUGCGGACGGUUACAGUGAAACGGAAAGUUCGUCUUGGGCAAUCAACCCGUUAGAAAUGAGAGCACCAAUUAUACUAUUCGUUGCACAAUGCCUCAGUGCCGUGGGAGGACAGAAUGUAAAGUUCAGUGGCAUCCUGCAAGGACCUGGUCGACCAGGACAUGCAGCUUAUGGAUAUCACCUCCAAGUGCGAGGAACACAUGCUCAUGAUUCGCAAUGGAUUACGCGACCGUGAGAUUUGGGCUCUUAAAAUGUUAGAUGCCUCCAGUCACAUUGGAUCUGAUUUCAUUUGGGGCAAUAAUAUCUUAAUUGGAUCACCACGUUCAUGUAAUCUUAUCAGUCAUCCGGCAAAUGUGAAAUUUGCAACAGACCAUGUCCCAGUAGGAAUAAUUAACCUCACACAAGUUACGGCCCCGAUUCGAGUUGGAUACAGAUCGAUUCAUGCCCGGCAUUGGUCCGAAAUGCAAGUGGAUCUGAGUACAUUGGAAAAGAACGUUUUAAAUUUCGGAUUCUGUUUACCUCUAUCAUGCAGUAAUGUGGACUCGUUUCGAUUGCUGGAAGCUAUCUUGCAGAAUAAAACAUUUGUGGACAGAAGCCUCAUCGGAAUGAAUACAGAAGUAAUUCACACCAAGAUCUUGCAGCUUAGAGAGAAUUUCCUGAAGAAUCCUUUUGUUACAGCAUUCUUCAUCAUCCUUUACUUAGUAUUGUUUUUUAUUGUCCUGGAUCUUGCAUACACAAUUACUGGAAAAUUAGGUUCAUGGAUUUUGCCUCCAGACUUGACACUGGAAAAGAAAAAGCCAAAAUUGUUUGAACGAAUUCUUUCGUGUUUUUCAAUCAUUGAAAACACCAAAAUCAUCAUUUCACAAGAAAUCGGCAAAGAAUCGAUCGAAGUCCUUCAUGGAAUCAGAGUAAUUGGAAUGCUUCUUUUCAUUAUUGGUCACAUAAUGCUCUUCGCCAUGAGUUCAGUCACAAACAUGCAGCAUAUACUCGUCUACGCAGAUAAUUUUUGGCUGCAAGCCACUUUACACCAUUCAUUUAACUUUGGAUACAUUUUUCGUUCUGAGCGGAAUGGUAUUGUCUUACAUAUUCUUUCAGAAUUUGAAAGAAAAGCCAAUAAAAAACAGGACUUCGUUCUUUCUGCGUAUGGUGGCGAACCGAUAUUUGAGAUUAACACCCCCAUACGUAAUAAGUUUAUUGCUGACCGUUGUAAUAACAAAUUUAGUUAAGGAUCUCUCGCCAUAUUAUCUACUAGAUGACGACGAAACAAAAUGCGGAAGAACCUGGUGGCGAAACGUGAUCUACAUAAACAAUCUGUUUCCGAUAAAGGACAGUUGCAUGAUCUGGAGCUGGUUCCUGGGAGCAGAUUUCCAAUGCUUCGUUCUGUCAGCAGCCUUAUUGUUGAUUUUUGAUAAAAACAGA